AUGAAAAUAAGAAUAACACCUGCAUUGGAGCUCGAGGAGUUUGUUAAAAAUUUAGUCCAACCUCGAUCACCAGAAGAAGAAAACCCUUCUGAAGUUACUGACGUCCUUGAUAAUUCAACAACUGCCAGAGAAGCUUUGGUUGCAGCCAUUCAUGAAUUUGACCUUGGCACUUCCUUAAUUCAGUUAAAAACUGCUAUAAAAGCAAUAUAUUUUAAAUAUGCCUAA